AUGUUUAAAAGUGCCCCUAUGCAGUUAAAUAGUUUUAAUCAGUACUCUCUUGGAACUAGUUCAUCUUUAAAUAAGUAUAACUCCAGAAAUUUAUAUUCUAUACGCGUAUAUUCUUCUAUUGAUAAUACUUAUAUAACUGUACCUAUAUCAAGAAAUGAUUUUUGUAUUUCAGAUCUAAAAGAAUAUUUAAUUAAUCAAAAUUACAAAAGGUCUGCAUAUCAGAGUUUUGAUUCUGAUACAUCUACAGUUGACUUAUCUCCAAUUAUAUCAAUGAGAAGUUUAGAUAAGAAAGUUACAACUAAUAAUUUUGGGAAUAUUGAGAUUUAUAGCUCAUCUCCUGAAGAAGCAUCAAAGAUUAAUUUAAUUAAUAAAGAUAAAACAAUAGAAUCACUAAUUAGAAGUAAACCAGAUAUAAAAUUUAUUUAUGAGUAUUCCAAUAUAUCUAAUAUAUCUAAUAGUAAUGAAAUGUAUAUUUUUAUUUAUCUGAAACCAAAUCAUCUUAAUAAGGCUGAAAGAUGUUUAAUUAAUAUAACAAACAAUGAAAUACAAUUAGCAUUAAUAAAAGAAAUAAAUAAGUCCAACAAUGAUGAUAAAAGAAAUUUUACAAUUCCAAUAAGAGAUUUAUUCUCAAUUUCUAAGUACCCCCAAAUACGUUAUGGAUUUCUUAUAAAAAAAAAAGGAAAAAAUAAUCACUCAAUAUUACUUAGUGCAAGAAAUAUAAAUCAAUACUCUUCAUUAUUAGAGAAAUUUGCAAUUAUUACAAAAAUAAUAAACGAUCAAGAACUUAUAGAUGAUGCUGAUUUAAAGUUAGCAGUAAUAGAAACAAAAUGUAAAAACCUUAAUGAAACAAGGCAAAUUAAGUCAAUAUAUACAUUUCAAGAUGCUUUAAAUUCUCAAAAUGGUAUAAAUUUAAUAUCACAUUGGCUUAAAAAUAUUCAAAAAUCCACUUUUUUAAAUCAUCUAGAUAUUCCCAAGUUUAAAUAUGAUAUAGAAAAUAGAGAACUUUUAUUUGAAGGAUCAAAUGAAACAGUAUAUUUAGAUCAUUUAAAAGAUAUUUUAUUCGAUGAUGAAACUCAAUAUUCUAAACUUAGAGAUAAUCUUAGAGUAAUAAUGGCAAAUUUUGACUUUUCAAUAUCUUUUGGUGAUCCUUUUAUUGAAGAUCUUUUAUAUAGAUAUGUACUAACAUUAAGUACUUGUACAAACUUUUAA